CUGGUUCAAGAAUCUCCGACUAUAGCAGCCACAGCAGUCAUUCACCAAACAUCCCGAAAAAGCCCUCUCGUUUUCCCAAUUUUAUUUCCAGUCUAAGAUAUCCCUCGUUCUCCAUAGCUCUUCAUCGAGUUUUGGGUAAGAGGAAAAUGGUGGAGCCAGUGACUCUAGAGAGCGACGAGGAGCGCUCGCUCUUGGCUCAGCCCAACUGUGGUGACGGGUCGUGGCGGUUGAACUUCGACGGGGUCCAGUUAUGCCGAGAGCAGAGGGAGAAAAAGCUUCCUCGUGGCCUCCACGACUGCCUGGGGGUUUUAGGUCCUGAAGACAAUGUGGCCGACUACUAUCAGCAGCAGGUAGAAAUGCUCGAGGGCUUUAAUGAAAUGGAUGCUUUAGCAGAGCGUGGCUUUAUUCCUGGGAUGUCAAAGGAAGAGCAAGAGAAGUUGGCUAAAAGCGAAACAUUUGCCAUCAGAAUAUCAAAUGUUGCAAACAUGGCUCUCUUUGCAGCUAAAGUCUACGCAUCUGUUCAAAGUGGUUCCUUAGCUAUUAUUGCAUCCACACUGGACUCGCUUCUUGAUCUUUUGUCUGGCUUCAUCCUGUGGUUUACUGCAUUCUCUAUGCAAACACCCAACCCUUAUCAGUAUCCUAUUGGAAAGAAACGUAUGCAGCCAUUGGGGAUCCUCGUAUUUGCCUCCGUCAUGGCGACUCUUGGACUGCAGAUUAUCCUGGAGUCGAUGCGGACACUAUUCUCUGAUCAUGAGUUCAACUUGACCAUGAAGCAAGAGCAAUGGCUUGUUGGCAUUAUGCUUUCUGUGACUUUGGUAAAAUUCCUUCUUGUUCUUUAUUGCCGCUCUUUCACUAAUGAGAUCGUCAAAGCUUAUGCCCAGGAUCACUUUUUUGACGUUAUCACCAACAUUAUUGGACUAAUUGCUGCUCUGCUUGCAAAAUAUAUUGAUGAUUGGAUGGACCCCGUUGGAGCUAUCGUUCUGGCUUUAUACACCAUCCGUACAUGGUCAUUAACAGUGUUGGAGAAUGUGAAUUCCCUUGUGGGAAGAUCAGCUGCUCCAGAAUACCUUCAGAAGCUAACUUACCUCUGCUGGAACCACCACAAGGCCGUGAGGCAUAUUGAUACGGUCCGGGCAUACACCUUUGGGUCACAUUACUUUGUGGAGGUUGACAUAGUCUUGCCAGCAGGCAUGCCGUUGCAAGAGGCUCACGAUAUCGGGGAAUCCUUGCAGGAGAAGCUUGAGCUCCUGCCUGAGAUAGAGCGUGCCUUUGUACAUCUUGAUUACGAGUACACUCACAAACCAGAGCAUGCUCAGGCAAACUAGUCCCAGUGCAAAAAAUUAAAUAACUUGUCGUAGCUCUCGUAAUUCCAAGGCACACUCGAUUACGGGUUCCUGUUUCCACGAAGUGUAGGAUAAAAAUUAUUUUGGCUGUGAUGGCUGCAGGUUGGUGGAACCUGCCAAUGCUUGGGGGACGUUUUGUAGCUGGAGAACUGACUUGCCUGUUCGAUUUGUCGGGGCUGGUCCUGCAUCUUAACGCCAAACAUUGCUCAUUUAAGAGCAUUCGCAUUGAAUUGGCAAAUUUUAGCUGC